AUGUCAGCGCAACCGGUUUCCCCCAGCCAGCUAGAUAGCCUAGUUCAAAAGGCUACAAGCGAGUCCAUCCCACACGGAGCAGUCGAUUUGACUAUAGCGCUGGAAGUUUCCGAUGUCAUUAAAUCGCGAAGAAUCGGAUCCAAAGAGGCCAUGCGGUGUCUCAAGAAACGGAUCACCACUACAAAACUUAAUCCAAAUACUCAAAUAGCGUCUUGGACGCUCACGGAAAUGUGUAUAAAGAACUGUGGAACGGGUUUAAUCCGUGAAAUAUGUUCCCGCGAGUUCAUGGAUUCCCUGGAACAUGCCAUCUUGGAUAACGAAGAUAACGAAGAGCUAGAACGGAUUUGUAAGGGCCUUUUGCAAAGCCUCAAUACGGCUUUCAAAAAUGACUCCCAACUAGGGUACGUUUCCAAAGUAUACCAACGUCUGGCAUCACGAGGCGUUGAUUUUCCGUCAAGCUCUACCAGCGAUUUAGAAUUGGCCCAAGCUAUGUUCGACUCAAAAACACCGGCAGAUUGGGUGGAUUCGGAUGUCUGCAUGAUUUGUUCGACCAAGUUCACACUUCUUAACAGGAAACACCACUGUCGUUCGUGUGGGGGCAUUUUCUGUCAAGAGCACUCUUCUAACAAAAUCGCGCUGCCUGAUCUUGGAAUUUACGAGCCCGUUCGUGUAUGUGAUGACUGCUAUAGAGAAUACGACUACAAAAGGCAGCCAGACAAGAAAAAAAGUCAAAAAAAGUCGAGUCGUCAUUCUAAGAGGUCGUCGCAAAGUGCUCAGGAUCAGGAAGAUGAAGAAAUCAGAAGAGCAAUCGAGCUCUCGCUGCGAGAGUCUCGUGGAAGUGACACUUUCGUACCUACAGUUCUAGCCACGCCACCAGAACCUAGGGCCCCAAGUCCCGUCCCGGAGGAGGAGCAAGACGAAGAUCUGAAGGCCGCGAUCGAAGCUAGCUUACGUGAAGCUGAAGAGCAAAAAAGGCGACAGGAGUCUGUGCCUUCCAGCGCAUAUCCUAUUCAGCGGGCAGCUCCGCAUUCCUCUUACGAACUGACAGCUCCGGAAGAAGAUGAUAUCUAUUUAUUCGCUACGCUCGUAGAAAGAAUGAAGUCACAGCCAGCCUCAGCUGUACUCGAAGAUGUGCAAUUGCAACAGCUUUAUCGAAAGGUUAUGGGUAGUGCGCCCAAGCUAAAUUAUUGUUUGAACGACACUUCCCAGAAGUACAACAGACUGCUGGACGUGAACAGCAAAAUAUCAGAUAUUACAAACAUUUACGAUUCACUACUGGAGAAACAAUUGGAAGCAAUUAACCUGAACCAGCAAUACUCCCUCCCGCAACUUCCCUCGGACCCUUAUGCUUACUAUAACGUUGCUCAACAAAAUCAACCCCCACCUGCUCAAAAUCCGUACGGAGAAGAGAGUCCACUACCGAAUGUAGCUAAAAAUUAUGAAUUAGCUCCUGGCAGUAUUUCAACACCCAUUCCUCAGGCCCAGGAAACCCCCGCUAAGCUCAACCAGGGUCCAAAUUAUGCGGAAGAUUUACGCGGAGUUUCUAUUGGCUCCUCACAGUCAGUUGAAAAAGUAAAAGCACAGCAAAGGCCCUACCCUGAUGACAUACAGGACCUAGCCACCGCACCUUCGGAACCGAACUACGAAGCCAAUGACUUAAUUGUGGAGAAGCCUCAAAAGCCACCCUAUCCAGCCGACGAAGAAAAUGUCGGGCAGGUAGAGUCCAAGAAUUCUGCUAGUAACGGUAAUAAAAUAACGAAUUUUGACUUUCCAACUGUUCCUGUUCAUCAUCCCCCAGUGAAAGAACGACAAUCAGCACAAUUAGAGGACACGCAGGAUCGUGAAGAACUGCUCAUUGAGCUAUGA